AUGAAUGAAGACACGCAACUUGAAGAGAUUUGUAUUUCCCUUAAUGGUAUGAAUACCAACAUGGGAGGUCUUCUCCGACAUGCAGGCGAACUGGGCUACGCCGAAGAUAUUCGUCCGGUCAUCGGUUCCUGCCCGGAUGAAUUCGCAAGCUUGAGAAAGUCGGUCGACCGCCUGUUGGUGACCAAGGAAGCGCAAGCUGAGAGCAAAUCCCUGGCACAAAAGUUCCAAGACGAGGCGCAAUCCCAUUUGAAGCAACUCGAAGUCAAUCGCCAGGCAUCAGAGGCACUUCGGAAUGAGCAUGCCUCGCUCCGGACCCAAAUGCAACAAGAGAGCAAUGACCAUUCAAAAGCACUUGAUGCAAUCUUCCACAGCCUGAACUGCAGUGCCCAGGAAACCAAACGCUGCAUCUCGUCGCUUGAACCUGCGCUCUCUGAGGUGGGCACUCAGCGGACACAGAGAAUCCUACAACUGAUCAGUGACACCGUUGAGCUGACCCCAGUCCCAGUGCAGUCAGAUAGUCCUCCUUCUGAGUCGCUCUCUGCAUCCCUUCCUGCUUCUUUGCAGCAUUUCAUUUCUUUCUUCACCGUCCUGGGGAAAACCGUCACAGAGACGUACUGGCUGGCUAUCGAAUGUGAAAAAGAGCUGGUAGAAUCACAACAGGAGAAGAUUUCUUUGCAUUCCUCUCUCGAUGAGCUGAAGAUGGAUCACGCCGUCAUGGCCAGUGAAAAGGCCGGGCUUGAAUCAUCUUUUCAGGUUCUGUCGCAGGAGAAAGUCGAUCUUGGAGCCUCUCUCGGUAGCCUGGAGAAGGACAAGGCCAAUAUGGUCGAGGACAAGGCCAGGCUCGAAUCCUCCCUCCAUGCUCUAUCGCAGGAGAAAGCCAACAUGGCUAGCGAGAGGAUCCGAUUGGAAGUCUCUUUGAAAAGGCUGAAGGAGGAGAGAAGAGCCGCGAUCGCAGAAAGCACCAAGCUUAGAGACUCCCUCGCGAGCCUUGAAGGCAAGAAUGCGAAUCUGACUGCCCUGAAGUCUGCGCUUGAAGCCUCUGCGGCAGUCUUGGCAAAGGAGAAAGCCACUUUGAUCUCUAAACAGGUCAAGCUGGAACACUCCCUCAGCAGCUGGCAGGAACGCAAGCAGGCGGAGAUUGAUCUUGCUAUUCGGGAGAGAGCUCAGACCCAACAAACUCUCGACAAUCUCUGCGAGCAGCAUGACAGGCUAGGAGACUCGGAGAGCUCGCUGCGCAGAGACUCGGACCAGUUGGAGAAAAGGUAUGAAGCAGCAGUGGCUUCUCACAACCAGACGCGCUCAGAUCUCGAGCAGCGGUUGAACGGUGAGACGGAUGCCCAUGCAAUGACCAAAGCUGACCUGGGCGCGAAUCUAACAAGGGCCGAGCACGCCCUGCAGACCGCACUGUCUCAGCACCAUCAAGCGCUUCACCUGCAGAGAAAGCAGAGGGACAGGACCAUCCUGAACCUCCGCAACAAUCUCACCGUCAGUCAGAGCACAAGUGCCAUGUUACAGCGCCGAGUAAGAAGCCUCCGCCACGAAAGCCACACGCUCGAGCGUGCUCAGCGUGCCCUUGAGCGGGACUACGGUACUCUUCAACGCGAGCACAGCAUCCUCCAGAACACGCACGCUAACCUCAAGUCUGUGAAUCAUACCUUGGAGGACCAGGCCAACGAGGCUCUUCGUGACUACAAGGAGGCGAAUGAUGCUUUGCAGAAGUCCAAUGACCGACGGGAAGUGUUACAAGCGGAACUCGGUCAAUGCACUCAGCAGCUACAAUCAACGAGAGAUGAUCACGACGCACUAUCGUCACGUCUGGAGGACGUGGUUGCGGAACGGAAUGAUCUCGAUGGUAACAUCACCCUCCUGCUAGAUCGUGUCGGUGACCAAAAGGCCGAGGCCCUCGUACUGAAAUUUCAGCACCAGUGUGAGCUCGAGCAGCCGAACGAGGCUUUUGAACGACGCCUUGCGAGUGAGAAGGAGGCAUUGGCUGAAGAGAUUCUCGCAAAACAUGGCGCACUUCUUGAUGCAGAAACACAGGACUUUGUGUUUAUGAUCGAGCCCAUCGUGAACAUGUUUGCGCAAGAGGUACGUUCUGUAAUGCUUGCGGACAAGGACCAGGAGGUCCGUCAAACCACGGGUGAUCUUCUACAGACGCUUGCCGAGGGCGAGAGUCACAUCCGGGCCCGUAUCAAAGAGAGGUAUCGUCGCAUCGCGCAGCAGGUGGUCAAGGACUCCAUUGGAGUUGUUCGAGAGCAACAUGAGCGGAGCACUGAGUCUUUGCGCCAGCAACUGGACGAUGCCAAAAGCGAAAUCACUCGCCUCCGCAAUCCAACACUCUUUGGGAUUCUUGUUUCACCAAGACAAGCUUUCAGCCUCCAAUACUCCCAGAUCAGAACUUUCUUCAAGCUGGACCCGGUCGCUCCAGAGCAGCAUCCACUUGCACAAACACUUCACAUGGCGCAAGUUAGGUCACUCCACGAGCAGGAGCCCGCCGUUGCAGAGCCUGCAACACAGCAGAUGUUCUCCAGUCAAGCAAGUACAGCUUUCUCGCCCCAGUCUCAUCCUCACCCUGCAGGUUUGGCCGAGAUUGGACAUGGCGACAGUGAGAGAGCCGACAGAGACAUCCUCGACCAAGGCUCGAAACGUGCCCGCGAAGAGUCACAGGAGCUUGGAACAGGUGACUCCGACUACCAGUCGCCGUACGUGGGAUCGCCUGGGCCCAAGAGACAGAAGUUGGGUCACCAACAUGCCCCGUCUGUGAUCGUUGUAGAAUCUCCAGAACACGUCGAUGCCAACAUUGCGGAUGUUCAAUUGGAUCUCAGCUUCAACGAAAUGCAAGCAUCUGACCAGCAUGACACCCCAGCCAGCAGUCAAGAAGUAGCCACCCUUCAUGGCGAGCAACUAUUGGAUGACCACGGCGUAGCUCGGCAACAACCGCCGUCACAACCGCCGAGACAAUUUGCAUCCAGCGGAAGUACGCUCUGGCCAAAGGGUCUGCGACUUCGCACUCUCUGCUUCCUGGCAUGGGACGUGACUGAGGCGGACGAGCAGGCAUUUCAGCUGUGUUGCAACGCCAUAUUCAGCGAGGGAAGAUCCUUUGAAGAUGUCCAGAAGUUCAUCGACAGAUACUGCGUGGGUCCGCUUGAUGCGCCACCACCGAACCCCCCUGGCUGUCUUGUGGCAAGAUUCAAUGGCAAACCGGGAGGUGCAGGGAACAAGCUCAUGACCAGCAGAUCUUGCAAGUGGUGCCAAGGACAGAAACUGUGUCUAUGGGCAAGGUUUGCUGACGGGGUAGCCACCGGCUUCGGACCACGGGUCGGUCGCAAGAUCCUCGAUGGCCGAGAGCACGAUGCCGAUGCACAACCACGGACUGUCGAGAUCAACGGACAGGAUGCCAGAUGGAUUGUGAAGGAGAGGAAGUCGAGUAAAGAGGAGGACAAUGAUGCUCCCUUUGCGGCUGGGUCAUUGGUGAUUUAG